CCCAAAGCACCAUUUGAUGGUAUUGGUUAUGUUAUUGAAUUUUGUUACGCAUCAACCUGGGCUCUGUUGCAUAGCUCUUCCCAUCCAAACUAAAUACGGGGUGACAAUUGGUGCAUGGAUUUCAUGUUAUUUCUUCUAAUUUUAUCGUCUUCCACUCCUCUCCCAUCAACCGAACGCAUACUGAUGCAGAAGAAACAGUGUAUUGGCUUUUAACUUUAUAAGACACAUUUCUGGUAUUCUAUCACACACGCAUUGUAUUUCAAGAGAGAGAAAGACGUGACAGGGAUGUUGAAAGUCACAUGCAAUCUUCCCAAUCAAUUUCAAUCUCCAUCCCUAUGCGGAUUCCUAGGCCAGGGCCAGUGCAAGAUGAAAAGUGUAUGGAACGUGGUCCUUCAAAGUUCACCAGCCACCAGAACUCGCGCCCAGUCAGUCACGUCCAAAGCCAGGGAGGAUCAGCUAGUGUGCAAUUCUGGAAGAUUGGCUGAUCAGGUUCAUUGGGGAAGCUUAGAGGCAGAUGGAUGUUCAUAUAAGGAGAAAUUCAUAGUGCGGUGCUAUGAGCUUGGGAUUAACAGGACUGCCACUGUGAAGGGCAUUGCAAAUCUCUUGCAAGAGGUUGGAUGUAAUCAUAUCAAAAGUCUUGGGUUCUCAACGGAUGGAUUUGCAACAACCUCCUCCAUGAGAAAGUUGCAUCUCAUUUGGGUGAUCACUCACAUGAACAUUGAAAUCUACAAAUAUCCAGCUUGGAGUGAUGUUGUUGAAAUAGAAACACGGUACCAGGGUGAAGGAAGAAUUGGAACCAGACGUGACUAUAUCCUGAAGGACUAUUCCACUGCUGAAAUUAUUGGAAGAGUUACAAGCAAGUGAGUGAUGAUGAACCAAGAUACUAGGCGACUCCAGAAAGUUAGCGAUGAGGUCCAGGAGGAGCAUCUGGUUUUCUGUCCACGAGAACCCAGGUCGUACCUUUUCUUCUCUCUAAGGCCUAGCUUGUGCCAUUCCUAAUUUUACAAAAUUGAUCCACCUUGUGAAAUGUACUACCAGACUGCAUUUAGAAUUUGAACUAGGCAUUUUUCUUAUCAGAUCCAUCAUCAUCAUCAUCAAAGAAUUCAACCAAAACAAUUUGAGGUAGUUGCAUGAAUCCAUAACUGAAAUUUAUUUGGAAUAAACUACAUGGAUUUCUUUUCAGCAUUCAUUCCAAUCUAAAGCUAUGCUCUUCACUGAUCUUAUAGUGUCAUAUGAGUGGAAAAUGGAUUAGUGGAAAGAUCCAAAGUUAUAAUAUUUGGAAGGAAAUCGUGCACAGUUCAAGAGAAAGAAACCGAGGCUGGACUGAGUGGAGAAAGAAACCUGCAAGAUGAGGAAGUAACUUCAAGUAUGCAGAUAAUAUAUACACUGAUUUGAUCUUUCUAAAUGUAUACUGGGGCAUCAUGAUCAAUGAUUUACCCGUAGGUGUGUAUGUAUGUAUUAUGCUUAUAUAAACAUAAUAAGCAGAUAUAUUGAAUGAGCUUUGUGGGUGUUGGAUGCAUAUAUGCAUUGAUACUAAACUAAGGUUGUGCAAUGUUUUUUGCUGACAAUAUCUUUAAACAUAGGCUUUGCUCCAUGUAAAUUCUGAGUACUCAGAGCAACUCCAACCGGGUCGUUACCUGGAGUACUAAAUGGGAAUAACUGUCAUUAUACACUCAUAUCGGCAUGUCCCCAAAAAAACCUCUCCAAAGUAGUAAAUAUUCUCGAUAAGAUAUAAGGGUAUUAAUGUAAAGAGUCUAAUUUGAGUUCUCUAAUUGAAUACUUUUAUUCCUAACCAACUUGGGUAGUUGAUUUAUUAUUUUAUUUUCGUACAUGUUUGGUGACUCACUAUAGUUUAAAAUUUUGAUCAUAUAAUCAUCAAUGAGAAGGGAUGGCUCAAUUGGUAAUAGGCUCAACGAUAUUUCAAAAAAAAAGAAAUUGGUCAUAAUCAAAGUUGUUUCCCAGAAAAAUAUUUUAAAAAAAGAAGCCAAUCUGUGCCCUGUGAUGAAAAAAUUGAGAAUCUGACAUAAAUAAAUAAAUAAAUAUAUGUAUAUAUAUAUAUAUAUAUAUAUGAAAAUUCUCAAGUGAGGGAUAUCUCAUUUUAUUUAAAAUGAGGGAUCCAUCUAACACCAUUUAUUAUGUGUAAGUGUGGCCCCUAUAUGUGAUGGGGCCCAUGCAUAAAUGGUGUUAGAUAGAUCCCCACUUUAAAGAGAAAGCCAUAUAUAUAUUAGAAAUUCUCCUAUGUGAAUCAAAAAGUGUUGACCAACUUUGUGAACCAAAAUCCAAUGUUUGUAAUAAAGCACAACAUAAGUGGGGGCCACAAGUUUAUUAUGGGAUCCACCACAUCUAUGGUUGAAAUACAAGUCUAUAAACUUGGUCCACACUUUUGGUACACACAUAGGAGAAUUUAUGUA